UAUUGUAGGUUGUUUAAAAAUAAAAGAAGAUGGACAGUGUAUGGGUCCAUACAAUAAACUUGCUGACAACAGCAGCAGCUCAUCUGUAAUUCCAUAUCAUUCCCAUAGGUUCUUAAUUAUCAGUAAUACUGAUCAUUGUGGUCUCCGGUUCCUCUGUCAUUUUGAAUAUUCUUCACAUUCUUGUCAUAAUCUAACAUGUAUAAAUGAAUGAAGAUGGUGUAAUAACACUGUGUUUUUCUUUCUGUGAAGUGACUCAGCCACAGAGACUUCACUAUGGCCUUUAUAAUCAAGGAAACACAUGUUACCUCAACAGCGUCCUGCAGGUUCUCUUCAUGACCAAAGAUUUCCACGACAGGUUUGAAAAAGCUGCUUUCAUCUGUAGCGAAGAAGCCAGACAAUUAUGACAAGUUUUAACAGAGAGCAUUGUCUAGUGAUACAUCUGAUUGUAUCCAGUCUUCAGGGAGAUAAUUCCUUCAAAGAAAAGGCAAAUCAAGUAUUCUAAUCUUUCAUUUUUAGACAAAUUUCAGCUUCUUCUUUUAUGGUGUUUCACAGACGGUUACAGAAUUCUGUAGUUCUCUAACAUUAGGAAACAUAUACAUGCUGGUAGUGUCCAAAGCUUGUAAUCCAGUAAACUACCUUCUUCCUUAAGGUUGGAUCCAAAAUCAAAGUUCACAGACAAGGAGCUGAGGAAAACCUUUGAAAAACUGAAAGAAACAACAUGUGGAACAAAAAACAUUGCAAAGGUGUUUGAGAUUGAAAAUGGUAAGUUGUCCAGUGAUCAACAGGACACUGAGGACGUUCAUAUAGCAGCUGUAUGUUGAGGUGGAUUGAGUACACUGGAUUAAAUCUCAUGAAUCACUCUGCAGUUAAUCAACAAAGUGAUGCUGCUGAAUGUCUGCAGUUUAUCUUACAGAGGGUCAGCCCACGGGCCUCUGAGGUUUUCCAAGGAGAGCUGACAUACUCAACAAAGUGCUCCGAAGGCCACGUCAUCAAUGACGAGACAAAUCCUUUCUGGACUCUUCCACUGCCGCUGAAAGAUACCAGUGAUUCAGCCUUCAGUUUGGAACGAGGUUUUGAGAGGAUUUUCAAGACAAAAACAUUUAGCGGAGACAACAUGGUGUACUGCAACGAAUGUAAAAGGAAAACAGAGGCGACAAGUGGAUGUGAGAUGACAGAGUUCCCUCCGAAUUUGAUUCUGCUUCUCAAGAGAUUUGACAUCGACUACAGCACCAUGACACAUUUCAAAUCAGACUGCUGUGUGGAAGUGCCACGUGUCCUACAGAGAAAGAACAAGAAGUACGAACUGUAUGGGAUGGUGAACCACAUGGGCAGUCUAGCAGGUGGACAUUACACAGCCACCGUCCUGUCUGAGGACAACACCUGGUAUGAGUUCAAUGAUGAUUUCGUCAAAAAGGUUAAAGAGCCAUUUGCACAAACAAGGACUCACAAUUCCGGCACUGCAUAUCUGCUCUUGUAUAGAGCCUCAGGGAGUCAGAGAGACGAGGAGAGAGAACGAUACCAUGAAACUGGUUAUCUGGAUCAACAGAUGGGAUACAAAGUGGAACACAAAAGAUUCAGGGAAAGUGCAGUGACGCAGCCACAGAGAGUUCACUAUGGCCUGUAUAAUCAAGGAAACACAUGUUACCUCAACAGCGUCCUGCAGGUUCUCUUCAUGACCAAAGAUUUCCACAACAGGUUGGAUCCAAAAUCAAAGUUCACAGACAAGGAGCUGAGGAAAACCUUUGAAAAACUGAAAGAAACAACAUGUGGAACAAAAAACAUUGCAAAGGUGUUUGAGAUUGAAAAUGUUAAUCAACAAAGUGAUGCUGCUGAAUGUCUGCAGUUUAUCUUACAGAAGGUCAGCCCACGGGCCUCUGAGGUUUUCCAAGGAGAGCUGACAUACUCAACAAAGUGCUCCGAAGGCCACGUCAUCAAUGACGAGACAAAUCCUUUCUGGACUCUUCCACUGCUGCUGAAAGAUACCAGUGAUUCAACCUUCAGUUUGGAACGAGGUUUUGAGAGGAUUUUUGAGACAAUAAGAUUCAGCGGAGACAACAUGGUGUACUGCAACGAAUGUGAAAGGAAAACAGAGGCGACAAGUGGUUGUGAGAUGACAGAGUUCCCUCCGAAUUUGAUUCUGCUUCUCAAGAGAUUUGACAUCGACUACAGCACCAUGACACAUUUCAAAUCAGACUGCUGUGUGGAAGUGCCACGUGUCCUACAGAGAAAGAACAAGAAGUACGAACUGUAUGGGAUGGUGAACCACAUGGGCAGUAUAAGAGGUGGACAUUACACAGCCACCGUCCUGUCUGAGGACAACACCUGGUAUGAGUGUAAUGACAAUUACGUCAAAAAGGCUAAAGAACCAUUUGCACAAACAAGGACUCACAAUUCCCGCACUGCAUAUCUGCUCUUGUAUAGAGCCUCAGGGAGUCAGAGACACGAGGGGAGAGAACGACAGGAUGAAACCGGUCAUCUGGAUCAACGGAUGGGACACAAAGUGGAACACAAAAAACAAAUCAGGGAAAGUGCACGUGAUAAAGGAAACAGACAAGUUCAAGAUAGAAAUGAGAGGGACAAAGAGUCAUUCAGGCAUCACUACAGAGGAGAGGAGGGUCAUCCAGAGCAUGGAAGGAAAGUUUCGAGCUUCACCAGGGACCAGCACAGGGCCCCAGCAGAGACAGAUGAUUUCCUCCCUAAAAAACAACCCACAGCUUACUCCAGUAAACAUCACCCGGACAGCAGGACAAAGCCAGAUAAGAGGAUAGAAAUGAGCAGUAAAAGGGGAGAUUGGGAUUCCGAGCAACCCUGUGAGAGACUAGCUGACAUCCUGAAGAAUCCUUUUGUGAUUGGUGCCAUCAUCGUUGUUGGUGUUCUUGCAAUAGCCGUGAUCCUUAUCCCCAUACUAUUACCUUAUCAACCAACCAUAGUAGACAGAGCCGGGAACCCAUGAUGUCAGCGCCGGACAUGGAAUUAGAAAAUGAUAAUCGGCAACUUGAUGCCAAGAUGAAAGCUCUUAAUGUUGUUAAUCAACUGUGAUUCUCAAUUUUUGUAUUUCAUUUACUGAGCUAUGUCACAAACAACAUGAAUGAUUAAGGGAGACCAUUUUUUUUGUAGUAUUUUUUAACUUGAAGAUCUCCAUUAUUUCUGUAUUACUUCAGUUAAUUAUGUCUUUAAUGUGUAUUUUGCGAUGCUUUCAAUAUAAUUUAUCAUUACAUCAUUUUGUGUUUAGUGGAGUCUGCCCCAUCGCAAAACAUGUUCAUUAUUUGCUGUU